UCACUGAUACACACCGACUCACAUUAAUGAUGGGCAGCUAAUCACCUCCGUGUGACUCAGAGCCGCUUUAUUUUUAUUCCGGCGCCUCAGCAGCAUCCCGCGCCCUCCGCUCGGCUUGAAAUGGGAUGAUAUGGGAUUUUUCAUGUCGACGAAGAUCGGAUGGAUUGUUGCCUUUGCCACCGUAUUCCUGUCCUUAGCGGUGCCAGGAGACUCUGUCGAUGUGAAGUGUGAGAACAUUUAUAAGGACUUCUCCGAAUGUGUCCUGGAGCUGGGAGAGAGCAUGGACAACUACCAGGAGAACGUGACCAGUGAGAGGGGAGUGGCAGCUGUGUGCAGCCACUGGGAAGCUUUCCACACUUGUGCCCUCACGGCGCUGUCCGACUGUCAGGAGGAAGUCAGCUCCAUCUGGGAGAAUCUGAGGCAGGACUCCAGGAAGAUACGCUUCCAGGGAAGUCUGUUUGAUCUGUGCAGUCCCAGCUCCUCUCCCAGUCUAAGUUCACCUAGCGCUGUCCUCAUCUUGCCGCUGAUCCUGGCCUUGACUGGGCCCGGCUGGGCUUCUGCAUAGAUGGAGCAGGGGUUGGGUGAGGAGGACGUUGUAUUCGCUGUGCUUCGGUCCUCCAGAGUUUAAACUUAAAGCCAAGGAUUUAAGAGCACAAAUGUUUCAAAGGAUUAUUUUGACCUAGAGUCGCUGAUGUCUGCGAUGAAUGAGGUUUGAAAUUCUCUCAAAUACUCCAGCUUUGGGUGGAGUGGCAGAAAGAAUCGCAUUGUAAACAGAUUAAAAGCACACACUCUCGUGGAUUUCACAUACAAUUUGGUCAGCUCGUUCUACUAUCAGACACCUGUGGCUCUGGGUUACUAACACUGUACAAGGAGCAGGCACAUUGCCGCAUAUAUCUGUACAAUGUCGUGCAGUCAAACACAGCUUGCAAUAUAGUUUACCUGUGUGAAAAUAUUUCGUCCAAUUUUUGUAGUUUUUAAACCCAAAUAACUUUUUAUU